UUAACGCUUUUUUGAAGAAUUUUGAAACGCGAAUGAACAAAAAUGAAUAGAUUUAAGUUACAAAUAAUGCUAACUAGGUUUCUCAUAUUUUUCUUCACUUUAUAUGAGACAACCGAAGUAAUUAGUCGUAAUUCUUUUAGGUAAUUUCGAGUAAAUUCACCAAUUAUGCUGAGAUUCAUGUAAAAUCUCUUUUUACGUUCAAAUUCAGGUAAUUUCGAGUAAAUUCACCAAUUAUGCUGAGAUUCAUGUAAAAUCUCUUUUUACGUUCAAAUUCAGAAACAUCCCCCAUCAUUUCCAUUUUUGGUGCCAAAGACCUGUCAUGUCGGACAAGGUACAAAAUGGCGAAGAAGUGCGCAACGUGCAACAAUAGUAAAGGAAUCUGGCAUUCUUCACAUCGUAAGAAACGUUUGCUAAACGUUUUCAUCAAAAUUUGUCAACAUGGAACAACCGCUGCAACCGCACGAGACGACUGACGCUCAUCUCUGCUACGCUCAAUCCAAAAAAUUCAUCAAAAUACGUACUGUGGCGUCAUCUGCGAUGGAUUUUGUUACGUUAUUCGUCAUGUUAAUACUCAUCUCAAAGCCGUUUUGGAACCAAUUUCCGGAAACGCAGUCAUCAGAAGCCUUCUCCAAUGAAGCAAUCGUAUCGUUUUCUCGUCAAGCCUUCCUCUGUGAAGCACAAAAGCCGUCUUGGAAGUCAGUUCCGGAGAUGCAAAUUGUCAAAGCCUUCUCCAACGAAGCAUCAAAGUUGCGUGCGAAUCAAGUUCCCGCAUCGAAGUUGUGUGCGAAUCAAGUUCCCGCAACGAAAAUUGUCAAAGCCUUCUCCAACGAAGCAUCAAAGGUGCGUGCGAAUCAAGUUCCCGCAUCGAAGUUGUGUGCGAAUCGAGUUCCCGCAACGAAAAUUGUGAAAGCCUUCUCCUACGAAGCAAAAAAGCCGUCUUGCAUGUCAGUUUUGAAGACGCAAUCGUUCAAAGUCUUCCUCUGCGAAGCACAAAAGUCGUGUUGGAAACACAUUCAAAUGACAAAAUCGCAUAAAGCCUUCCCCAGCGAAGCACAAAAACCGUCUUGGAAGUCAGUUCGGAAGACGCAAACAGUUAUUUCAUCCAUUUGUGGAUCGUCAAAGCCGUUUUGGAAAGUGCAAAUUCUCGAAACGCAAUCUGCCAAAGCCUUCACACGCCGUGAAGCAUCGAAGUCGUAUCAGAAAGAAGUUCUGAUAGCGAAAUCUGUCAACGCAUUCAAGCCUCAUGGAACAUCGCAUUUGUUUCAUCGAAAAGGUCAAGCUACGCAGAAACCCGAAAUCUUCAUCGCUCGUGAAGCAACAGAUUUGCUUCGGAAGAAAUUUCAAGCAUCGCCAAACGUCAAAGCCUUCACUGUUCGUGAAGCAACUGUUUGUUCUCCUUGCAAUGAGUCACACGAGAUGUACCAUUGUCGAAAUAUCCAAGUCAAAGAAGUCAAACAACGUGCAGAAAUCGUUCAAUUUCAACGUAUUUGCUACAAACGCAUCGCUUCGGGACAUUUCAGUCAACAAUGUUCCAGCAUUAAUACACGUCAUUCGUAUUGCAAGUUACAUCAGAAUCGUUUACAUGCAACAAAGAAGAAGGAUACGGUCAAUACCGUCACAAUUUCGAUGUAUGCCGUGCGCAUCACAAUCAGAAGUGCUAUCGAAGAACGCAAAACUCUCGCCAAAGGGCAACUUUUCAAGUGCAAUUCGUUUUCACAGAGAGAAACGACAAAACAAAUCACGCUUCAACUUUUGUCAUUGUCGACAAUCGCAUCAAAUGUCAAAACUUUUGAAAUUAACGCUUCCAACGCUCAGCAUAAAAGUAUCAGCAGCAGCGAAGAUGAAAAGUCUCAACAUUUCGUAACAAUUCGUUCAAUUUAUUUGUCUCAAGAAGAAAGCCAAAGGAUUUGGUAUCAAAAACAAACUGCCAAUUUAAAUCAUUCCGAUCGCGAAAUCACAUUCGCACGAACACAGUAUCAAAUGUCAACUUUCCUGUCACGUGAGUCGAAUCUCAGUGAUAAAUCAAAUCGAAAUGUCCUCGUGGAUACAUCAAAUACUUCGUCUAGCAAUUUUUCGGAAAUUAAUUGCCGUUUUCAAUCAAAAAUCGAGAAAAAGUACAAACGCGUCGAAUCCGCGCCAUUCAGAGAUGUAAUAACAAUUUACAAGGUUCAUCAGACAUCGUUUCAUCUCACAAAUAUCGCAAAAAAGUUUCAAUCGAUCGCAUCAAGGAUUUUGCGAAAAUUUUUGUUUACAAGUUUCAUUUCAUAUUUGAGGAAAAAUUUCAAGAAAGCAGCUCGUGCCUGCAACAAAGUUAUGACAAACCAAAACAAUUCAUAUCUCUUAUUGAGUGAAGUGUUCUCAAUGAAGAAAAUUUCGAUUACAAUCAAAAGAAAAUCACAUUUUGAAUGUUAG